AUGGCCCUCCGUAAUUCUAAUUCUCACAAACCUACUACUGUUUCAGAGUCGUCCAUUUCGAAUGCUGAGCAGAGGUCAAGAAUAUAUGCAAAAAUGGCAAAAGAUUUGGAUGAGAAUGGAGCUGUUUUUCUGAAACAAGGAGAAACUUCUCAGUCUUUAUCGCUAUCAGAUCUUUUUACUCUGGAGAAUGGCACUGUAACACCCGUGCUCAAGGCUGCAAGUCCUCCAGUGCGAGCAAAUGUUUUACAUCUGAGCCCAGAGUACUCUGUUCCAAUCUCAGAGGCUGUGAAAAGUAUAUUUUCUCCAUACUUCAAUAAAGCAAUCUGGUUUCAGAACUCCAGCAUGUACCAUUUUAGCAUGUUCCACGCAUCACAUCACAUAGCUCCUGUGCCUGCCACAGAGGAGGAGAUUGAAGUUGAGGCUAGUGCUGUAAAAGUAGUUGCAGAGGAUGUCUGCCCGUUACAUAUUAUCUUAGAUCGGGUGGUUUUGACUUCAACUGGUGUGCUAGUAGGUUGUUGGCAGAUGGUCUCUGGUACAGAUCCAGUAACAAUUCGUGAUAAACUUAGAACUGCUCUUCCACGUGCUCCAGAAAAGCAACUUUAUGAUAAGGCAAUGCUCCACACUUCAUUUGCAAGGCUACUGGGUCACCCUAACAAGUUGUCUGAGGCUACUGUCUCGGAGCUCUGGUACGUAGAAGAGUAUGAUGUGCUGGCGCUUGCACUGAAUGGGAGAAUGAAGACUCGCAAAAUUUCUCAUAGUCCAAUUCUUCUCAAAUCCUCUUUCAAGACCUUUAUUGUGCAAAUUGGUAUUGAAUUACAAAUGAAUUCAGGGAUUGCUCCUGCAGCAAAGUCUGGCAUGGCGGUGGAGAAAACACCAAGUAGGGUGCAUUCUACGGAGAAAAAGCAAGAGCAAAUUCCUAGAAGAAGCCACAAGGCUGAGAGAGAGAAAAUGAAGCGUGAACAUUUGAAUGAUCUCUUUCUUGCCUUGGCUAAUUCUUUAGAACUAUCGGAUCAGAACAAUGGUAAGGCCUUUUUACUGAAUGAAGCCAGUCGAGUGGUGUCCGAAACAAUAGCUCAGAUCAAGUCUCUGAGAAGAGAAAAUGCUGCUUUAUUAUCUGAAUCUCAAUAUAUAACUACGGAAAAGAAGGAACUACAAGAUGAAAAUUCUGCUUUAGAGGCUCAAAUCGGUAACUUUCAGUGUGAGCUGAAGGCACGUGCUUCUGAGUCCCAACUCGACCUGAAUGUGGCCCCUCCUGAAUGUAAUCUCCAAGAACUCGCAUCACAUGCGAGUCAGGAUCAUACUGGAUUUCAUUUUGUGCAACCUGGACAGCAGCAAGUACAAACUGUAAAUCAAUUAUAUCUUGUUCCCAUCUGCUCAAAUAUGCAAGUGUAUGAGGAGCAGCCCACUACUGCUCAACUUGCAUCAAAGCCUAGCAAACCGCAUGCUCGAUAUCCUGCUCCAGCAGACACAUGGCCGUCCCAACUUCUCGAAAAACAGCAGGAGUUAGGGAAGGAAAUUCAACAAAGUGAUAGAAAUGAUAGCAAACAAUAA